UGCAGUAAUAGUUUACAACUUUACAUGACCUAACCGAACCGAACCAGAAUCCGGUUCAAUCAUCCGACCCAGCCCGGUUUGAAAAACUGUUUCCCAAAACUAGAAAACUCAACCGCAGCCGCUUUGCGCCCUAUACACCAAAAACACAAAGAGUGAGAAAGUUGAUAUGGCAGAGAGGAGCAAAGAUCUUCUUCAAUUCGAACACAAGAAAUCGUCUCUUUCUCCUUUAGAAACCGCUCUUCUUGUUUGUGAUAAUAAUAAUAACAAAAAAGAAUCAAACACGAAAAUCCCCACUCAUGGAACACCUCUCACUGCUCCACUUCCUCCUAGCCAACUUUUAGGAAAGGUUAAAGACUUCCUGGGCGUGAUGUCAGAAGCAAAUAAACAACUGGAAAACGAUGCUAAGGACAAUCCAGAGAAAUAUGAUAUUGAAGGACUAGUUGGAAAUGAAUCUGAAGUUAUUGAAAUGGAUUUGAUGCUUGGUGUUGCUGAUCUUCACACACCUGAGGCUGUGGCUGCUGCGGAGUCAGCUAUUUCGGGUAGUCAGCAAGUGAUUUCUUUGCCUGUUGAUGGUAGCGAAAAGGAUUCAGACGAAGAAAGUAGUGACGACAACGAUGAUGAUGAUGAUGAUGAUGGUAAAAUUGAUAGAAAUCUUGAUGGCGUUGAAUGUGGAAACGAUGGUAAAAAGUCUUCAUCAUCACUGGAUCAAAAACCUGUUUCUGUUAAAGAUGAUGUUCCUGAAAAACAGAACGGAAAUCGCCGUCGUUCCAAGAAACGUCCGGCUAUUGUUGAACUAUCAUGAGGUGAAACUAGUUGUAAUAGUUAGAUGCAUUUAUUGUAUGAAAUCAUUAUGACAGUAAAUAUACUGAGAUGAGAUGCAAGCAACCAGAAUCACAACAGUUAUACAUUUGGGGUUCAAAUUACUAGAAAUUUAGCUAAGUGGUGGAUAUAGCUAUCAAAGGCAGCAUAAAUUAGAUAAUACAUUGUGAAUUUUUAAUUCUGCUGAUGCAUUUUUGAUGUCCAUGUUGAGCUGUGAUGGGAGUUCAUUAUGGAUCCCUGCUUGUAAAUGACUCAUUUUGCGAAUUUAGUAUUAAUGUUUGAGACUGUUACA